AUGAGAUACCGAGGCGUGAGGAAGAGAAAAUGGGGCAAAUAUGUGGCCGAAAUUCGGUCAGGAAAGAGAUCGCGGAUAUCGCUGGGCUCGUACUUCACCGCUCAAGCUGCAGCUCGAGCUUAUGAUGCCGCGCUCCUGUGCCUUCGAGGAACCAACGCAACGCGUUUCAAUUUUCCAGACUCGAAAUUCAAUUCAACUGUAUUGGAUGUGUUAGCUGCGCAAAUCAAUCCUUCACCUGACGUAAUUCGAACGGCUGCCAUUGCGGUUGGGUCCGCCUAUGACACAAUUCCUCCACCCCAUGAUGAGGAAACCGGGCCUUCCACAGGGGCAGGUAGGAGCGUUGAAGAAGAGGCAACGGCGGAAGCAAUUCAAGUGGAAGAAGAAGACGAAGAGGAGAAUGAUACAAAAUAUCUGUUACAAUCUCCAGAACAUAGAGCACUUGAGGAAAGCGUUCAGAUGGCUCCACUUCAGCUAGAUUUGCAAGUCGUGACGCAGCCAUACGACGAGUCUGAACUUUUCGGUCAUUUAGAUACUUGGGAUGCCACGACAAAGCGCUAG